AGUGUAUUCAUGUGUUGCAUGAAUUAUCAAAACCACACCACACUUCUAGGAACAUCGCGGCACAUCCUGGGUUUGCUUUAUAUCAAAUCCAAUUGUGGUCCAGAGGUCUGAUAGGGAAUAUAACACGGGGAGGAAUCCAAAAUUAGAUUCCUUUAGUGCUCUUAUCUGUAGCAGGGCCCUCAUCCCAGAUGCCCCGGCGCCACGGUAGCACGUCGUCUGGACGUGUGUCCAGCGUAAACAUAAGAGGACAGACUCCCAAAAGUAACCCUUUUUGUCCUCGAUCUUCAAGCAAGGUGGCACAAUCUAUUAUUAAAGACCACAUGGUGUCGCAUUAUAAAAGAGUUUAUUCAGCUAAAGCUGCGGUCGAUAACUCUGUUCCCAAAAGCAUGAUGCUCAACGUGAAGUAUAACGACCGCCUCAGACAGGAGCGAUUGAAGAAAGGUCUUCGGUCUCAGUCAUCCCACUCCAGCUCUCAGAGGAACAGCAGAGCUUCCUGCUCUACAGCACAGAGUCACUACAGCUCAAGAAGUUCAGUGGUCUCCACCCCAAGACUCAACACCUCCUUCAACGUGAAAGACAUAGUGUAUAUAUCCCACAACACGAGCUCUCAGCAUCUUCAUCGCCCAACGACAAGUUUAAAGCACCACAGCCCUGAAGCCAGUUUGACCAGGAAGCAUUCAGCGUGUUCACUUACCGAGCAAAGUACUUACAAGAGCUUUCAGGACCCGCGCCAGAAGACAUACGGUGGUGAUCUGAUCAAAAAACACUCUCAGUACUUCACCCAACCCAAACCGUUUGCGCCAUCAACGCUGAAGUCGGAGAAGAGCUCUUUCUUGUCCAAGUAUCGCUACUACAGAGCACCACAGAGGAGCCUGGCGUUCAACAGCAUUAGAGCAAUGAAACAAGGGGAGGAAGAUCCUGAAAGCACAAAAAUGAUGGAAGACAUCCAGACAUAUUAUGAUUUCACUCAGGAAUUCAAUGUUGGGCAUGAGCGGAGUGAGGACGAGCCAUGUACUGCGCGUUUCUCAGGAAAACGUGUGAAAAUGAGAGGACACGCUCAGUUGUUUGAUUCUUCAUUCAGGGCCUCAGAAACUACUGGAGAAUCUUACAUGAUGAGUGUGUCAGCUGAGGAAGAAGAAUUAAGGUACCUUGAGUUCAUUUCUGCGGUGACUGAUGACAUCUUGUCCAGAGGAUCCACCUCUGACCGUGUCCUUGAUCGAGUUAUGACCAGGCAUAUUGAGAUGAACCGUGACCAGCUCAGUGUGGGUAAAAUGCGCCACCUGCUGGAUAUUCUGCGUAAAGAACUUCAAGACCCGUACGUCUCUACCUCCUUCAAUUCAGAGAUUGAGAGUGGACUAAGUGAGUCUCUUCUGCGGCCUCUGGAGUCGCAGGAAUUCAGACGCACAAAGACCAAAGGUGACAGUGUAUAUUUUACAGAAGAAUACUGUGAUUCGCAAAACGGAGGUGCAUUUUUAAGCUCCUCAAAGGAGACCUCCUCUCCACAAGCUUCUUGUGUGACUGAUGAACAUGGACAGACUGAAGACGAAACCAGCGCAUGUCUUGCACAAAGUGAAAAGGGUUCUGUGAGUGAAGGAAUCAAGGAGGAUGCUCAAUUAGACAAUAUUGCCAGUGAAGAGAAUUCUCCGGAUCAUAGUGCUGGAUCUGAAGAGGACUCCAGUCAGAAUGAUAGUGUAGCAAAUGAGGGAGACUCUCAGGAUGAUGACCUGAAGGUCAACGAUGUUGAAAAUGAGGGCUCUCGUCCAGACAGUGCAAGUGUGAGAAAUGAAGAUGAAGACCAGGAAUGCACCAGCGCAUCCAGGGAAGAGAGUGUUCACCAGGAAGAAGAUGAUCCUGAGGACCACUCGCAAGAGUUGGAUGAUCUGGAUAGAACUUUUUCCAAGUGUCUACAAGUCACAAGCAAUAAUCUGUGUGAUGGCCCGGACCUUGCCGUGGACCAGGCCACCGAUACAGUAGCUUCUCUCAGUGAUGAUGAUUUCUAAAACGUCCUGAAGUUUUUGUUGAAACAGAUUUUACAAUAUAUUAUUCCUGAAAAGUAUAUAUUUUCUAGAUUUUAUUUUGGACACACUGCUUUAUACACAGCCCACUGUGUGGGAUUGUCACUAUCACAGCAGAUUUAUACAAGAUACUUGAGUCUUUAAAUGCCAGACAAAAACAGUAUUUGGUAUGUUUUGUUGUGGGGGGAAAAUGUCCGCAACUUUCAAGAAUAUCCUUUUAAUUUAUCCAUGUUCUUUGUUUCUUUUUAUUAAACAAUCUUUGCUUUGCAGUGGUGUGACACUCAUUUUCAGAUAUUCACCUUGUUUGUUUGUAAAUGGUAAU